AGCCAAAUUACUCCGGGAAUUUCCGCCAGCUCCGGCUCACUUUGCUUGACCUGUCAACAUCAGAGAGUGACAACUUCCAAGCUAGUCACACUUAAGACCAUCGUCAUGUCACAGCAAAACCUACUUGACUAUUCUGCCACUAUAAAACUACACUCAGUUCCUAGAUUUGAUCAUGAGAAAAGAGAAAAUGAAAUCACGGAUUCCAAGAGGAUUUCUGAUGUUUGCAAAACAAAGAAAAAGAUUUGACAUCUACAGAUUGACUCCUUCAGAGCUGCUUUGGUUUCGCUGAAAGUCUUGUGGCACACAAUUAAGAAAAAAACUUUCUCUCCAUGGCUUUAUCAACACCAAACCAGAGUAACACUGAUGAUUGUUCGCCGGUUUCAGACAAACAGACUGUUGAUCAAUGGACAGUUGAGUCUUGUCGGCUUAAUGGUCAACAUGAAACUCAACUAUCCAACAGUGAAGCUGCACUUCCAAGCCACUACAAGAACUGUUCCAAAAACCCAGGACAUCGCAAAACUGUGAAUGCUGCAGAGUUGACUGCUAAUCAUCUACCCGAAGGUUACAAAGACAAUGAUUUUUUGGAUUUUGUCUUAGCUGCAAGUAAAUUGACCGUUAGGCUAGAAGUGAAACAAACCAGUACGGCCAGGCCGGCCCUUUGGCCUGACAAACUUCCAGAAAUCGCGUAUCCUUUUUACGAAAUAAGAAAUAGUGCUAUUAGUAGGUUUGGCAGCGGCAGAGUAUGGCACGUUCUUAAAUUCACGAGCGGAUAUGACGACAACAAUCGUAUGCAUGGCGGGAAGUUCAAAUGCUGUAGAUGUCGCAAGUGCGAAACGUUAGACAACCCUAGCAAAGUGUGGUGGGAGGUGACCGUGUCAACAGCCACUCACGUGACCUUCGACGAGUUUGAAGCCAGACAUACUUACCUGAGACUGUUCUAUAGUCAUCCAGACAGUCCUCUCGUUACUCUAGACUGUGUCAGUCUCAGAACGGCAAAUAUCGCCGACGACAGGAGCCACCUGACCUGCGUGACUUGCGAUCCGACUCUCGGUGAGAAGCUGGUCCACCUGGUGGAAGAAUACGAAUCGUUGUGGAAGGUUGUGCACGAGAAGUUUAGUGGAUAUCUCGCGCGUGACAAGAUCGCGUUCAUCGUGUCUCAUCCCCAUGGGUGUCACGCGCAUGUCAGCUUUGGGCAGUGUCAAAGCAAGUCUCAAGUAGGAGAUGAUGUAUUUAAUCACUUUUUGACCUACACCGUAAGCACGUGCCCUGGGAGUAGCGGGGCUUCGCUCCACGUCGUGGGUUCCACUGUUGGCUGGUUCUCAAUAGUCCAACAUGUCCAUAGUGGCUCGGUGCGAAGUGGUCUCAAUUUCAGUAGCGUGGGUUACAGUAAAGACACAGACGAGAUCCCGUCCACGGGGAACCUAUGAGAAAUCUCACUUGACACGGAGUAUGUCAGAAUAAAGACACUGAUUUACUAAUGACUUUUACUGGUAGACCUAAAAGGACCUAUAACAACUGUGCGUCGAUUAGUGGUCUACAUUAAAGUAGGUUACAGUAAACAAAUUUACCAACAACUAACAUCGACUAGUAUAAAGAUGAGGAAGAAAUAACAGACUAUGUUGAAUAACGUUAAGUUACUAUGAGCAAUGUGUGUCCUGGUUGAUGUGAACACAUUCAAGUACUGUUAUUUAAAAGUAUAUCUUUGAUGUCUAACAAAUCCGGUGCAAAAUAUAUUUUAAAGAGUUAUUUAUUUACUUUAUCAAAUCUGUUGACUUUUUACCAUGUAAUACGACGCUCUAUUUUGUUUAAAAAAUAUUUUAUACAUCACAAAACUAUAAAUCUAACUUUUUAUUGAAACUGCACACAAAGAUUUAUAUUUUAUAGUGUUUAUGCAUUCUAUUAGAUGCUGUUUAAUAUUACCAUUUUAACUGUAUAUGAUGUGCAAACAUUAUACCUUAUAUCUUGUAUAUGUCUAUUAAUGUUUCUGUAAUAACAAAUACUUUAACAGCUUGCAUAUGAGAACUAACGGUUUAUGCAAAUAUAAAAAUAUAUACUUGAGAUCCUCAUCUGUUUCUGUUAUCUCCCAUACCUAAAUAACAUGAAUAAACUUGAGAUUCUAUUACUGUUA